AAAUUGUGGAGGUAUGGCUGACGAGCCUCCAUGGACUUACGCCUGGAGACUUGUUUUACCUUGCCAGUUCUUACCUGAACAUCAACCUCAACGCGUGCCCGUGUGACAUAAGGAGUGACGUAACGGAACCGAGCAUAUUACAAAAUUAACGUACUCAUUUGUGAUUCUCAAAAUAGCCAUCAAUUUAUGACCAUCACUCUUUUCUUAAUAUAUCACAAAUUAUUCGAGAGAUCUGGUGCUAUCACAAUUUCUUUUUCUACUGUCGAAUGAAUUUUCGGUUUUUUAACAAAAAAUAAAAUUGUGCGCACUUUAUAUGUAUCAAUGCUUCGUGACAUCUGUUAUUCGUUAUUAUAAUUGAUACUAAAGUUAUUGACACGCCUUAAGCAUAAUUUGUAUCGUUACGAGAAUUGUCACUCUGGACCAGUUGCCCUUGAGGUAACGCAACUAUGAUUUGGGCGUUAAUGUCGUCCAUAUAGAAUCACGAAAAUCAUUGCGACGCGGUUCCGAGUACGAGAUAUUAGUUGACGUAGAGUGUGACUCCAAAAGGAUGGAACAGUUGAUGAGGAUGUUGAGUCGUGAAGUGGCAGCCAUUAAUUUAGCCCAGUACGAACAAACCGGAAAUGUACCCCAUGCACCGACGUUAUCAGCAGCACAAAGUUUCGACUUCAGUGAGGUGAACAUGCCCUGGUUCCCAAGGAAAAUAGCUGAUCUGGAUCAGGCCCAGAAAGUUCUCAUGUAUGGGCUCGAAUUGGAUGCUGAUCAUCCAGGUUUCAAGGACCCCAUAUACCGUAAGCGACGUGAGCAGUUCGCUGACAUUGCUAAUAAUUAUAGACACGGACAGCCUAUUCCUAGAAUUCAAUAUACUCAGGUGGAGAUCAAGACGUGGGGUGUUGUUUUCCGUGAGCUACAUCAACUGUAUCUGAAGCACGCAUGCAACGAGUAUCUUGACAAUUGGCCUAAGUUGGUAAAAUAUUGCGGCUACCGAGAGGAUAAUAUACCGCAAUUGCAAGACGUGAGUGUCUUCUUAAAACGCAUGACUGGAUUUCAGUUACGACCAGUUGCCGGAUAUCUAUCGCCAAGAGAUUUUUUAGCGGGUCUGGCUUUUCGCGUAUUUCAUUGCACGCAAUAUAUUAGACACUCCUCCGAUCCCUUUUACACGCCUGAGCCUGACUGUUGCCAUGAACUCCUAGGCCAUAUGCCGUUAUUGGCGAAUCCAAGUUUCGCACAAUUUUCCCAAGAAUUAGGUCUGGCUUCUCUUGGCGCCUCGGACGAGGACAUAGAUAAACUGGCUACAUUAUAUUUCUUCACUGUUGAAUUUGGACUCUGCAAACAAGACGGUAUACUCCGUGUAUAUGGCGCUGGUCUUCUUUCAUCAGUAGCCGAAUUAAGACACGCAGUUUCCACACCGGAGAAAACAUUCCGAUUCGAGCCUGAUGUUACCUGCAAGCAAGAGUGCAUUAUUACGUCAUUCCAAAAUGCAUACUAUUAUACAGACAGCAUUGAAGAAGCAAAGGAGAAAAUGCGAGCCUUUGCUAAUCAAAUUCAACGUCCUUUUGGUCUGCGUUAUAAUCCUUACACACAAUCUGUUGAAGUCCUUACGGAUGCUCAGAAAAUUACCGCCCUGGUGAGCGAACUACGUGGUGACCUUUGCAUAGUCUCCAAUGCUCUGAAAAAGAUUUAUGAACAGGAUGAUACAGUGGAUGUUGAGAGGAUAACCAGUCUGCUGACUCAGGGGAUUGAUUUACCUCAAGAUCUAUCAUCUUCGGAGAGCGAUGACAAUGAUAAGAGUCCUAACGUUGAAGGACCUCAGAGAAAUAUGGAAAAUAAUCGAGAGAAUGAGGAUCAGUUUCGUCCUGAUCUUAAUGUACUUACUAGGCAGCGUUAAGUUAAUGUUAAAUGUUGGAUAGAUUCCAAAGGUAUUGAUUAUCCAUCAAUUCUAAGUAUUGUGAUCGAAAGUGUACGUGUAUACUUAACUCUAUUAUUCGCUGGUCAUGAAGUACUAAUUGAAUCAGUAAACUUUAAGCAAUGUGUAAAUUGAAUGUAGUAUACAAAAUAUAGAUUCUGUGUCUAAUGGAA